UGUGCUUGUCCUUGUGUUGCGCUGCCGGCUUUCCCUGACCAGCUGGCUUGGUCAAGAUGCGUGCCAAUUGCCAUGGAUAUCACAUCCGCCCAAGUUCGCCACAAAAUGAUGUUCCAUUUUUUUCAUUCUUGACGCUGAAUGGCUGGAGGGCGGUAUGUUCAUUACACACCUUUGAAAACCCGCACGAGAGAUGACUACGCCAGUUAUUAUUAUCUAGCCAAGACUCUACAUGGGUAGUCACCCCGCCUCAGCACAUGGUCACUAAUGCUACUGCAUGCGCUUCCUCAUACAGGACCCAAGCACCACCAGACAUGCAAUCAGCAGAAUGUCCAUACUGUCUCUCAAUUACUCUCGGUUAUUGGCAUGGAGAUGACGAAUCCCUCAGCGACAUCUCGAGUCUCAAGCAAGAGCUAUUUCACGGAGUAUGCGAACAGUGUGAGCACGCGAGUACCGAUAGCACCCUCAUUUUGUGCGGAUGGUGCCAGCACCAGCGCUUAUACCAUAUAUUCGUAUGCCUGGGCCGGGCGCCUUCUAGCCUCACAGGAUUCAGGGUCGACCCUGCCCGCCAGCUAUCACUCAACUGCGACUAUUGUAGACUCCUACAACAGCUCGAUGCCAGAUCAGACACUAGCACUAACUACAUCGGUGAAUCGCGAUCCGGCUUCAAUGUUCGGUUCCCUGAGGGUUCUGUGGGCGAACCACAUCUGAUUGGCGUUCGUCCAACCGCAUUUUACGUGCACUCUCCUGCGCUUCAGCUUAGAUCUGCGGAAACAGUGGACUGGAUCACGCACAGCGAGGUUCAUGUUGGUUCUCCAGAAGCGCACAGGUAUGGACUAGUAAGGAAAGUCAAUUGGGAGCUAUCGCGUCAGUGGUUGUCAACCGUAUUGAUUUCGAAACCGGAGUCUGCGGAGUCAAGGAGGGGACCUGUUCGUUCACUGAUAGAUGUCCGUGUCAUAGAUACUAGUCGGAGCUGCAUCGUACGCCUGCCUCAGGACGCCGAGUAUGUAACGCUAUCAUACGUGGUAUGUUAGGUUUGUAUGAUCCUCCAAAUCACUCCCUCUAAAGAGGUUGCUUCGUGAGACAGGAGAAGUCAGGUUCUCAACCUACUAUGAGUAUGACUGACAUCGUGCCCGAAUUAUAGUG